ACAUUCAGCGAGGACACUUGACUGAUAUAUUACGCCAUUAGUAGAUUACCGAUUUGCUUCGAAGAAUUGAAUUGAAAUUUUUUUCUGGUAUUUUAGUAAUAAAAUAUGAUUUGAUAUUUCAAUGUUAACAAUUUAAAUAUUUUUUUACAGUUUGUCUUUGCGCACUUUGAACGUAAAUCACUCUCUUAACAAUGAAUUUAGCAAAAUCUUUAAGAAUAAACUCUUCUUUUCUCCCAAUUUUAAAUCGUUCCUUUUCUGUAACUUCUGCUCGAUCUGAAAAAUUAACUUUGAAUUAUAAAGAUGCUUUAAAUAUUGAUGGACAAUUAGAAGAAGAUGAAAUAUUAAUUAGAGAUCAAUUCAAAGGUUACUGUCAAGAACAGCUCAUGCCAAGGAUACUCGAAGCAAACAGACAUGAGAAAUUUGAUAAAGGAAUUAUGAAAGAAAUGGGUGAAAUGGGUACUCUGGGAUGUACAAUUAAGGGAUACGGAUGCGCAGGAGUAUCAUAUGUUGCCUACGGAUUAUUAGCUAGAGAAGUUGAAAGAGUUGAUAGUGGAUAUCGUUCAGCAAUGAGUGUUCAAUCAUCACUUGUUAUGCAUCCUAUAAAUGCUUAUGGCACAGAAGAACAAAAAGAAAAAUAUCUUGCUAAAUUAGCAAGAGGUGAAUUAAUUGGUGCUUUUGGAUUAACUGAACCCAAUCAUGGAAGUAAUCCUGGUGGAAUGGAAACAAGAGCUAAAUACGAUUCUAAAACUAAAGAAUUUAUAUUAAAUGGAUCUAAAACAUGGAUUACUAAUUCUCCCGUUGCUGAUGUAUUCAUUAUUUGGGCUAAAUCAGAAGAGCAUGGAGGAGAUAUUAAAGGUUUCAUUCUUGACAGAUCAAUGAAAGGAUUAACUACCCCAAAACUUGAGGGUAAAUUCUCUUUAAGAGCAAGUGAAACAGGACAAAUAAUUAUGGAAGAUGUUAGAAUUCCUGAGGCAAAUCUUCUGCCAAAAGUUAGAGGUUUAGCUGGACCAUUUGGAUGUUUAAACAAUGCUAGAUACGGAAUUGCUUGGGGAGCACUUGGUGCCGCUGAAUUUUGCUAUGAAACUGCAAGACAAUACACGCUUGAUAGAAUACAAUUUGACCGGCCUUUGGCAGCCAAUCAGUUAAUACAAAAGAAAUUGGCUGAUAUGCUUACUGAAAUUUCUUUGGGAUUGCAAGGAUGCUUGAGAGUUGGAAGACUUAAGGAUCAGGGAAAAGCUGCACCAGACAUGAUUAGCUUAAUAAAGAGGAAUUCUUGUGGAAAGUCACUUGACAUAGCAAGACAGGCUAGGGAUAUGUUAGGAGGCAAUGGAAUUGCUGAUGAAUAUCACGUAAUUCGUCAUGUUAUGAAUCUUGAAUCUGUCAACACAUACGAGGGAACACAUGAUAUUCACGCCCUCAUCCUUGGUCGAGCGAUAACAGGAUUACAAUCAUUUUUUUGA